AUGGAAGUGAGUGGUAAGCGUUCCCUGCCCGGAGGUAACCGAUGUGAGGAGCAUGGGCUGGAACUCGAGAGUUACUGCCCCUCUCACGGCUUACUGUGUUGCAGAGACUGCGUCAGCCACUACCACACUGACUGCGACGCCACCACAAUCAGCGAGGCGGCAAGGGACGGUCAUAACGCGUGCAACUUCGAUUUGCUGUCGUCUAAUCUUGGUGCCCUCCUUGCCAAUUUUGAGUCUGCCCGCCAUGGAGAACGCGAGGUUGUACGGUGCGUGGACAAUCAGGGGAGAGAACUGGAGAGGAGGGUAAAGAAGUUUAGGGAAAAUGUAAAUAAAAUGCUCGAUAAGCUGGAAAACUCCAUGAUUUUGAAAAAGGAUGAAAUAUGUGGAGAGGAACGAACUAUUCUAAAGAAGCGUAUUGAUGUUUGUGAUGUAGCUAUAAGUAACAUCAAUGAUUCUUUGCAGAAAACAAAAACAGUAAAUAAAUCAAAGAAUAAUGAAAAUGUCUUCAUUACAGCAUGUCGGCUACAGAACAUGGAAAAGAAAUACAAAGAGGUAUAUGAAGAGCUCGUAGAGGGCAAAGGAAAGUUUGCCAUACAAUUUAUUCCUAACGAUGAUCUUGUCCAAGCGUUGGAAAGUUUCGGUUCAAUAAACGUCAAAUCAACGACCAAGCCUACACAGUUAGAAGAGGAGACGUUACCCGACGCUCGCCUCGUUAAGGUUGCAGAGAUAGAUGUGUCAGCGGCAUCUGACUCCACAAUUAGUACCAUCACAGGAUGUGUCUACCUUCCAGAUAACAGACUAGUGUUGGCGGAUGAAUCUAACAGCUGUUUAAAAGUUGUUCCUUGUGACGACCAGGAAGUAAGGUUUGUUAAGAAACUAGAAGUCCAGCCUUGGGAUCUAGCUCUGCUAAAUGAAACAGAUAUUGUUCUCAGAUGCAGCUCUGGCACUGGGGAAAGCGUCAACAAGUUGUAUGUAUUUACGCUGUCUGGUGAUAUUGAACUGUCCAAAACGGUUGACGUGCCAGGUAGACCAAAAGCCGUUUAUUGUCAUGAAAAUAAAAUAUACCUGGCCGUGUCUACAAAUUCGGAUGUUUUCAUUUUAGUGAUUGAUGCAAACGGAAAAUCAAAAAGAAUCAUUCCAAAGAAGAAGGUUUUGAAAGAACCACAGUACAUACGAGUGGUACCUUCACAAGAUAGAAUAUACGUAUCAGACUUUAGCACGGGAAUUGUUGCGCUAACAUUAAACGGGAGCGUUGUGUUCCGUAAGCCAAGCACACAUCUGGACGAGUUCGGUGGAAUUGCUAUGGAUACAAACGGUUGCUUGUUUAUCUGUGCUGGAAAACCGUACGGGAUUUACCGAGUAUCUGGCGACGGUUCAGCUAUCACGCCAUAUGUGACUUGGGAGGAUGAAACAAUUGAUCCACAGGCUUUAACAUUUUGCAACAGACUUGAAACAUUUUUGGUGACUUGCUGCAGAUCGAAUAGAGCUUUCGUGUACCGCUAUACAAAUUAG